AUGGGUUUACGGCUACGGUUACGAAAGACAUUCUCCUCCUCGAAGCAGAACAGCGUACCGGAUUCUGUGAUUCCCAACGAAACACACUAUACCGGCCGCACCGACAUCGAAUACUAUAAACCACACCAGAUUCCCAGGUCCAAAUACAGAGGCAAGGUCGAUCCGGAGCAUCAAGCAAGCCUUGCGGCCUUCUCUCUCUCCGAUGCCUUUUCCGCGCCCGGGAGACGGACCUCCUUGGCCUUAUCCGGCUCGUUUUCGCCAGGUGGCACCAACGGCCAGAGUCGGGCAGCAAGCAGGAUUCCGAGCACAGCCGCGAGCAGGAGACAGUCAUUCCACGACCAACAUGGAUCGACACUCAGGAUAGAGAAUAGUGUUGACACCGGGGACAGCGGUAGUUCAACCGGUACGAGCAGGGAGAAGAGCGUCGCUGCUAGUACCAUCCUGGACCAUGAUACCGCAAGCACAUCCCUCUCCAGUCAGCCGACCGCGAUUUCCUCUGCGCCCGUAGAACCUGACACGAAACUCGAACAGCACGACAGUGGCAUCGGCAUGCCCAACAUUGUCCUUUCGAAACAAACGACAGCUCACGACACGCCUUUUACGGCCGAAGAACUCGAGCUGGCCAUGUCACGGGCGUCGUUGCGGCCAAGGAAGUUUGACAAACACGAUCACGGCGACAUCAGUGCUACUUCAUAA